AACAAGACUGGAGUUGUGUUCCGUUUUAUAGCCUUGGGGUGCCUUGUUGCGUCUCUCUGGUUCUUCAAGAUGACUAAGAAAAACCAAUAUGAUGGAUUCGAUAUUGCCCUUACUUACGCGUUGCUCAUAUGUGGAAUAGCUCUUGAUUCCAUUGCUCUUCUCAUGUUCUGUGUUUCUGACUGGACCAUCGCUAGAUUGAGGAAUCUAAAGGAGGACUUGUACGAGAUGGACACUUGGGCAGACGGCGUUUUCAAUUGGAUACUCGAUUUCAAGACGGUGAGGUGGAGAAGAUCCAAAUGUUUUGGGGACGGAGGACAUGAAGUGCUCAAAAGAAACUUUAUGUUCCGCAGAUGGUCUGAGUAUGUUCAUGCUUACAACUUGAUUGGAUUCUGCUUAGGGAUACGUCCCGAGAAAAUCCAUCAUACCAAGGGUAUACACAGUUUCUUUGACAAGACCAUUCACAUUUUGUGCAUAGAUGUUAUCAUCAACAAUGUCACGAGAGGAACUCGCCAGUUUGGUCGCUUUCUCACUGAUUUGUCCAAAAAGGACAAUCAGGUAAUGCGUACAAUUCUCCUUUUGCCUCGUCUCCUCGUACUAUUGAUCUACGACUUCCUAGACUUUUUCGGUAUUAAAGAUUUGGUUGAGGAGAUAAGAUUCACGGUCAGUGAUCGCCUCACCAAAGAACUAUGGGAGUUCAUAUUCACAGAGGUGCAACAAAAACACAGAUUUGCUGAAGACCAAGAAAGUGCAAAGGCUAUAUCUUCAGCUAGAGGAAACUGGACUCUAGUUGAAACAUCAAGCAAAAAAACCGAAAACGGAUUAGACCAUGCGGUACUUCUACAGUAUGUAACAGAAAAGGAUUACGAUCAGAGCAUUCUACUAUGGCACAUCGCCACAGAACUCUUCUACCAAGACCAGAUAAAGAUUCAAACCACCGAGAAAGAAGAACACAGUUACCGAGAGUUCAGCAAAAUCCUUUCUGACUACAUGAUGUACCUCAUCAUAGUGCAGCCAACUCUGAUGUCAGCUGUUUCUGGAAUCGCAAAGAUACGUUUCGUAGACACAUGUGAAGAGGCAAAAGACUUUUUCAAGAGGAGGAACAUCUACAAAUCAAAAAAUGAAGGAAGUGAACUUGUGAACGAAGCCAGUCGAGUUAUUCUCUCUGUUAACACAGAUGUUGAGCCUAUGGCUGUCAAAGGAGACAGAAGCAAAUCCGUGUUUUUUGAUGCGAGCGUGCUUGCAAAGGAGCUGAGGCGGUUAAAAGAUGAAGGCGAAAACAUGUGGGAAGUAGUGAGCAAAGUGUGGGUUGAGAUGCUUUGCUAUGCAGCGAUUCACUGUAGCUCUCAAGAACAUGCUUCUCAACUCAGUAAAGGGGGCGAACUCAUCGACUUUGUUUGGUUAUUAAUGACUCAUUUUGGACUUGGAGAUCAGUUCCAAAUCAACAGGGAUGAUGCAAGAGCCAAACUGAUAGUGGCCAAGUGAUUAUACCAAACACAAACUCAGUUUCUUCAUCUGCUUCAUUUUUUUCCUAUGUUUUAUUUAUUUACUUUCUUGAAUAAUUUGCGCACUUGUAGUGUAAUAAUCUUUAUCAAUUUCAUUUCAAGACUAAUUAUCAUCUUUCUCACUAA